AUGUCCCACGACACUGCGAGUCCGUUCGAUGUCGGGCUGCUGGAAAAGCCGAAAUCGGCACUGGGCCCACGAGAGACCAACGAUGGGAUACGGCUGAUGAGCGUUCCCGCAGGGUCGAACAGGCAGAACGCGCUGAAGAAUCUCACCCUGACGUGCCGGUUAAUUCGUGCGGUCGCGCUUCCCGUCCUCUUCAAGCACGCCGUCCUCCAUCCACUACUGCUCAGCGACUUUCUGGCCUUCCUCAAGAAGCAUAGCCUCUCGAACCAUGUGAUGAGCGUGGUGGUCCACGUGUCUGGGCACUAUAAUCAUAUCCACCCGGCGUGGUGGGCACGGCUGUUGAACGAAGUCCCAGCAACGCGCUUUAGCGUCGUUGCGCCGCCCGAGGUUUUCGCCGAGCUGGCCAACAUCCAUUCAUGGAGCAACGACGCUUGGGCAUUCGAUAUGCCGGUGCAAGUGCUCAGAUUCGAUCAGAGUCUAGAAGCCGCACGGACAAAGAUCGACUACGAUGACUUGCCGAACUUUCUGGUGGGGCGCCCGUGGGAGUGCAUGGUGUACAACGAGGGGUCCAGCCUCUCUGCCUACACGACGUAUGAAUUCUUCCUGCGUCGGACGCCGUCGCUGCUGACGGCGCUCCACUUUAACAGUUCCGCGGCGGGGGACGCCCUGUUCGCAAACUUACUGCAGUUCGACUUCAUCGCCAUUUUCCCCUUCUACAACCAUGUGGACGAGGUGUUGAAGUGCAUUCGAAAGAUGAAAAGACUGCGGAAGCUGUUCGUCAAGUUGUGCCCGGAACCUGGGAGUACCGCGUUUGAUGACGAGAUGGAAGUCGCGGGUGGAGCGCUGGACGUCCAUGACCCCUGGAACGAGUGCGAGACAUCCUGGAUGCUGAUCGCUCAUACUGUCCUCUUCUUGACGGUCGAGGGCGAGCUCCACGAGCUUCACAUGGACGACGUUAAGAUUGAAGGUUUGAGACAGAAUCUAGAAACGGCCCUUAAUGAUCGUCUCCACGAGCGGUGGCGGUAUCGGGAACAAGGUUCCGGCAUCUGGCGCAGGAGCCUUCGCGGAGGCCAGGGAGAAGCACGGGAAGCACGGGAAAUGAAUCCGGCCUGA